AAAUGGAAUUUAUUCUUUCUUUUUUAGGUUAGGUAUAUUUUGUUUGAAUAAUUUGUUUGGAAGAGAGGUUAGAGCUGAGCUGAGCGAUGAGGACUUUCGCAGCUCUUCUGGCGGCCCGGGGGGCGCGCAAAGAGACGUCCGUUCCGUAUCAGGAGAUUCUGCCGUUGAAGCUGAAGCAGAGAGUCUCGGGCAAGGGGGACAACUCGUCGGACGUGUGCUGCAUCCAGGAGAUGAGCUUGAUGCUGGCCUGCUUCAAGCUGAACGAGUUCGAUCAGAGUCUGUGCUCGAAGGAGGUGCAGAACUUUUCCAAAUGCUACCAGGGACAUUUGCAGACGAAGCAGAAACAGAAGGAGAUGGACGAGAAGGGAAUCCUGCGGAUGGGCGAAAGGAACCUCUCGCACAAGCAACUCAACAAGUACCUUAGAAAGUUCCCCAAUAUAUAAUUGUAUUUGUACACGUAUAAGUUGUAAUUAUAUCUGUAGAUAAAGCAUAGUUUAAUUUAA